AGUAGCAACUGCAUCACCGGACGGGUAAAACGCACUAAUUUCUCUCCUCCAGUAACCUUCACACUGUCAUAUAUACCUCCUGACAUGGCUCAGAGACCAGUUGUCUCCACUUCAAGGGAUCAGAAGCCCAAAUUCGCCGAGCUAAAUAACCUGAUAUCGGAAAAGCUGGGAGGACGAGUGCUCUUUACUACAGAUGACUGGUUCGCUGUCGCCGAAAAUAUGCUCAAGGAGAACGAGGCUGAAUGGAAGGAGGGUGAGUUCACUGAGUGUGGCAAGUGGAUGGAUGGGUGGGAGACCAGGAGGAAGAGGAAGCCUGGUCAUGACUGGUGCAUCAUCAAGCUGGGAGUGGCGGGAGUAGUGGCAGGCGUCGAUGUAGAUACCUCUCACUUUACUGGUAACUACGUUCCCCAAGUGUCACUCCAGGCUGCCGUCCUUACACCUGCAGAAGAGGCAUUAAUCCCUGAGAGGCAGAGUGUGAUGGGCAACGAGGCCAGUGACCACGACCUCCAGCAAGUGGCGAGACUUCACUCAGAGGAGUGGGAUGCAAUCAUUCCUCGGUCUAAGGCUCAACCAGGUUACCGCGACACCUGCCACACCUUCCUCAGGAGUUCUUCCUCUCAGCGAUACACACACCUAAGGCUCAAUAUAUUUCCGGACGGAGGCAUCGCCAGACUCCGGGUCUUUGGUUACGCUGUGCCUGACUGGUCCCUCGUCUCUCCUCUUGAAGUGGUUGACCUGGCAGCAGUGGGUAAUGGAGGUGUGUGUGUGGGGUAUAGCGAUGCCCACUAUGGUCACCCUCGUAACCUUCUCAGCCCUGGCCGAGCCUCUUCCAUGGCCGACGGAUGGGAGACGGCACGGAGGCUAGACAGACCACCUAUCCUCGAAGCGGACAGUCAAGGGGUGCUUCAAUUUAGCGGAUUCGAAUGGGCAGUAAUUCGUCUGGGGCAUCCUGGCAAAGUCCUGCGAGUCCAGAUUGACACCCAUCACUUUAAGGGCAACUUUCCGGACUCCUGCAGGGUAGAUGGCUGCUUCCUACAGAGCCGCCAGGAACCAGAGAAGUUUGGGACGGACGACAGCUUCUGGCGCACUAUAUUGCCCCCACAGAAGUUAAGUGCACAUUCCAUUCAUCUGUACCAAGACGAGGUAGUGAUGGAAGGUGCAGUUUCCCACGUCAGAAUUGUUAUAGCUCCAGAUGGUGGCAUCAGCAGAGUCCGCAUCUUCAGCAGAGUCACUGAUACACCAGAAUCCUCCGCCUAGAAUACCUAAUUUUGGAAUUUAAAUAUGAAUAUACAACUAGUUUCAGGACUUUUGAGUAUUACUUUUUUUCAGUAUCGUCACCGAGCUCUUCUCUCGUUAGUACAUUACUUCCUGUCAGUACAGUUAUGUAGUCUGCCUCGCCAUUAACAGACGGAGAAUCGAGCCUCCACUAUUUCUUGUGUUGAAUGACCCAUACGGCUCACACAUCACUUAUUAUUCUGGAUACGAGAAGUUUCUCAGUCUAUAUCUCUAAUUAUUAUUAUUAUUAUUAAAGAUUAGCCAGUAUUCUCCCGGCCCGGGCCUUUUCCAAGUGGUGGCCCGGCCUUGGCUCCCUCUUUAGGGAGUGUCUGAGACCUAAGUCUCCCAUGGGAGGAGGCACAAGUACCUCCUCAUCUUUGGGACCAACUGUCCUCAGGCCUAGCCACAAGCUAGGCCUCUCUGGUCUGCCAUCCCCGCCACAAGGGGGAAAAUGGGAAUGACAGUCUUAUGAGCUAAAGGCUCGGGCUCAGGCACCUACCCUACCCUAGUAGGGUUAGGCAUGGUGUCGAUCUGUAUAUCUCUAAAUAAUAAUAAUAAUAAUAAUAAUAAUAAUAAUAAUAAUAACUAGUCUAUACUAAUACAAGAUAUUUUACUAUUAUGUUUAACUUUAAUACAUCAGACUUUCACAGGAUAUAUAUUGAGUGUAUUUCUCUCAACUUAUAUAUGCUGAGAGUUUAAUUAUUAUUUUAGGGACAGAAGUAUUAUUGUCUGGUGGUGAACAGGUUACCUGCAGCCUUAAUGACCCUCGUCCGGUCGAUAGCCUUUAAACUUCAUUAACAUCAACCAUACGUUGCGGAUUUUUGUAUCAGAAUUUGUAAUAUGCAGUAGGCUUAUUUUUUCGUAAAGUCCUUUCCCUUUAAAAACUUUU